AUGUUACAACAACUCAACAGAUUAAGAGUCUUUGGUACAGACCGACUGCGCAUUCUACCGGUCACCUUGGCAAUCAUCUUCCUCUUCGCCCUCCUUCCAGACAAAUAUACGAGGCAGGUCUGCCUGGGACAUCUUCUUGCACCUUCAAGUGUUGAGCAUAGGCAAGCUGCGUUUCAGAAGCUGUUAGCACUUUCAUCGAAACCCAACUGGGGCACACGAGGACUGCAAGCAGCCGCCAACCUCAGCGGCCUCGAUUCACCAUUCCGAUGCAGCCACACAAUCCCGAAGAAUUCGUCUACGCAUUCGAAGAUAUCGGACUCAAAUCCGGCGCCACCACCCCGAAACAGGACACUCCGUCAACCUGGGUCGCUCACGCCGACUUUGCUCAAGUAUAUCAUUGCCGCGGGCUUCAGGACCGCUUUGGUACUUCAAGACGAUGUCGAUCCGGACGGCCGGACCGAGAAGCAUGUGCAAUUGGUUUCGGACAACAUGCGCCCCUAUACUCUCGCACCUGAAAUUGAUCCGACACCAUAUGGCACAGAUUGGGACGUCCUUUGGCUAGGCUAUUGCGGCGCAGCAAUCGAUGACUGGGUCCCUCCGGGUCUGAUUUCCGCCGACGAGGCAUCCGACGUCGCUCUGUCCAACCACUGCCGCGCAGAGGAGUUGCGGAUUCCUCAUAAACAUGCCUGA